AGUUUGCGAAUCUCAAGGUUAUGCCGUAACACGCAGCGCUUUGGUGUGUUUACAUUUACUCACCAGAAACGUUGUUGGUCAAUAUUUUUUAAAUUUACAUAUGUUAACUGUACUUUAAAGUUAAGAGUUGUGUCACUUAAUGAUUUAAUUUGUUAACAGGUAUCAGGAUCAGUUUACAUGUUGACACUCAAACUGCAAUAACUAUGACAGGUGAAGCGUCAGUGCAUUCAGUCUUGUCCCAUAAUGAUCUGUGAAUAAAAGUUAGCCGUUACCUUAAGAUAAGGCACUAGUACCGUCCGGUUGCUGCUGUAUUGUUUAGAACUGUACGAGCAUCAUAGCACUCACUUUAUAGUGAGCUUCCACUCAAUUAGAUAUAAAUGUGUUCAUCAUGGCUUACACAGCCCUAAGGAAAUUUUAUUUAAAAACUACGUAUUUGCGGCAAGCACGUGCUUGGAAGAUAACACCAAGAAAAAGUACGGGGAAUAAAGUUUUGGGUCAUCUACCAUCUAUAUUUUAGUUUACGAAGUUGAACCUCUUUACUUAAUUUUACGGCAGGCUAACAGGUAGUCUAAUCUGGAAGUAUGGAGUGCUAAGUAAUAAACUCGCCCAUGGUGUCUGCUCUUCUCUUCUAACGGGUUCAGAACAACUCACUGAGUAAAUAAGGGAUGUUAAAGUAUAAAGUUCAGUAAAAUAUCCGUAGCGUACUGGUUUUCCCUCAAAGUAGUCAGCCAGUAGGACUAACUGCUCGAAGAAUUGAUGUCCUCACCCUUGAUUGGCUCGCUUAAGAGAUUAGCAGACACUCAGAACCUUACGAAAAAGGGACAGGCCCUCGGCCUUUUGUCGUUUAAAUAAAAUGCUGGAAAUCAACCAUGUGCCAAGAUACACAAUCACUAUUGGUUUGAGCCAAGAGAGAUUUUCGGAUAUUUGUUUACAGAACGACAGAUUAAGGGUUAGUGUUUGGAAUAUGACUAUUGAUAAGCUGUGGGAUUAUUCGUUUUAACUUCUUAUGGUUCACCCGCUUGUCAAAUUUUGUUUUUCAGUUUUCCUUAGUCUGCAGUCUGUCCGAGUUUGUUUCAUUUUAAACUGGUAUACUAUGACAAGCAGGGGUCCUUAGUGUUUCACUCUCAAUCUACUCCCAUUUGUUCUCCUUAAUGACAAUUUUAAACUCCAUAUCUGAGGUUGUAGGGUCGCUUCUAUGAUGUCAAGUAUAGGAUUUCUGGGUUGCCUGGUUACAACUGAUUACUUAGUCAUCAGGUCAUGGUGACCUGUUGUUGAACUGUCUAUUGGAUCCAUAAUCGAUAUGUAAAUAACUAGCUGUAAUGCAACCGGUUGCAAAAUGUUCAAACCACAAAUACAAGUGUUUUUCCAAGCACAUUCAGUCUCCAGUAAUAAGGAUAGGUCGGUGGAUAUGUGUUAUUCCUUUACUUGUUUUUAUUUAUUUAAAUACACAAACAUUGGUACAGGAAGGCACCAUAAGUCAUUCGAUUUGCUUGAGGGCUGGAAUACUGUCCGGGUGCCCAAACCGAAACAGGUGAAGUUGGAUUAUUUCUUGCAGCUUGCUUCCAGUGUAGGUCCAGCUUCGUGAAAAUUUUCAUUAGUGGUGCUGGUAUCAUUUGUUCGUGUAAAGCGUUCCAGUCAUUGACCAAUGGAUGAGAAAAACAGAACCCUACUUUAAGUUUAUUGGGUUGCAAUUUUUGAACCUUUUAGCUAUGACCUGGAAGAAUAUUAGUGCUGGAGAGAGCAAAAUAAUAAGACAUAUUAAUACCCAAGUCUUUAAAGAUACCGAAUGCUAAUAUAAGGUCACCUCACGUUCUACGAUGUGAUAAGGAGAAAAGGUACAGGUGUUUCAAGCGCUCAUCAUGGUGAGUUUGGAAAGACCCUUCACUAACUUUUUUUCCCCUCUAGUGUGUCAGUAUCCUUAAUAAGACACAGACCGGCUAUUUGGAUACAGUACUCUAUGUGUGGUCUUACAUAGAUGGGACAUAAAAUCCGAAAAAUAUCUUCAUAGCAUUUGAAUUCUCGGCAAAGCGAUCAUAAAGCUCGGAAACCUUUGGCAGCUGCUGCGUUGCAAUGCUCAGUUGUAACAGUAAAACUAAGAACCACUUAUAAACAAAUGUGCUAAACUAAUGUGUACAUGCCAAAGGUUUCUAGGAUAUUUCUGGGAAAUCUUUAAGUUCAUACAGGUUUUUGUUUAAGGUUUACUACUGUGAGGGUCGCUGGUACACUAGCUAUUUAUGUCUGCAUUCGUCGUACAAGUAGUAAAAGGUUCCAAAAUGUCUUCUGUAUUCCAUACUUCGGAGAUGUGGAGGUCUUCAGGAUCCAGUUCAUAACCAAAACAGAUAGAAAUGAGUGAAAGUAGACAGCCUUAUCUGACAUCAGGGCGUAGAACAUCUUUGCAGUUACCUCUAUGCUUGACUUCAAUGCUUUAGGUGGCAUGUUGUUUGUUCCUGGUGCUUUGGCAUUCCUAACUUUUCGAUAGCCUUGGUGAUUUCUCCGAUUGUUUGUGAAGUAACAUUUAUAGGGUGGUCUCUGUGGUACAUCGGCGUCUGGUCUGUUCAGUGGGUUAGCUUUUUAAAGUUCUUUCAAGUGCUCUACCCACGCGUUUACCUGCUCUUAAACUUCAGUGAUUGGUUUGCCCUUGUUCUUGACUGGUCGCUUCGGUUUACUAUAUUUUGAUGAUAGCUUCUUGGUGGCAGUAUAUGACUCCUUCAUGUCACCCUCUUCUGCAGCUUUCUCUGUUGUCGUUGAUAGUUCUAGAUAGUUCCGUUCGUCAGCUCUAUUGCUCGCUUUCACUCGUUUGUUUUCUUUUGUAUAUCCGGCCUGUGACAUGACUUUCUCUGCUCUCGUUUGGUUAGUGUUGAUAGCUGUUUUCUUGUCUUUCCUAUCUCGUGGCCGCGGAGGUGUGUUGGCGACGGACUGUGUCCUCGAACGCGCAACCUAUCCUUUCUCCCUGCUUCGGUGUGAGCGCCCGGUCAGUAUCCCACCUACUCUUUAAAUAACAUCUCCAAACACUAAUCUUCCCGAUUACUGCUUAUACUCUUAUUACCUCUACCACUACGGGAUUUGAAUCGACCACUGCAUCUCUAUGCUAAUGUGGUGUGGCAACUCGAACUGAUAUACGUACGUACGAAGUUCUACGUUGUUACUGACUGACUGACCACCUCUCACACAAAUCAAAUAAUUUGUGUGGCGCAUAUAUAUUUGAUGCCUCGUACCAAUGUUUAUGUUUAAAUAAAUGAGAAAAUUUCGAGUCUUAUCUAGUGUAUUGAUAGAGAUUCACUCCUUGUGUUGGUGCUUCUUGUGGUCCAGCACCUUCUGACGUGUUGACGUCAUUGAUCCUUGUUCGUUAUAGUGUUCUUCUCUUCUAGUAAAUCUUGUAAGGCUUGGGGUGUUGCUGGUCCAAUUUUCUAACGCUUCUUUUGUUUGGACAUCAUCGGUCCGUGAUCUGAGACUAAAUCAGCUUCUCCUUGUCCCUACGUUUUCCACGGACCUUCUGGAUUUUUUAUUGAUGGAGAUUUUCAUCUUGUUUUCUCUAGUGUGCUUCAGUAAAACCCAUUUAGCUUUAUGCGUGGGACAUCGUGCCACCUGUGAGCAUGCUGUUGGGGUUACAUAAACUUACCAGUCUUGCGUCAUUCUCGUUUCUUUCUCCUAGUCCAUGUCGUCCCAUAACAUCUUCGCACUCGAUGUUGCCCAUUCUAACCUUAGAGUCUAGGUCUCUCAUCAGGAAGGUCAUAUCCCUUUCUUGGGUAUUUUUCUACACUGAACUACAGCCUCUCAUAAAAGUAAUCUUUGUCAUCAUCACUGAUACAAUUGGUUGGUGCGUAACACCGGAUGACUUUCACUGUAAUGUCCUCGUUUGCUUUGAAUGGUGGUUUAAUGAUCCUUCAUCUAUGCGUUUCUAAUCCUGUAAAUACUUUCGUGCUUUGAACAGCAUCAUCUCAACUCAUAUAUGGGGCACUUUCUUCGUCAUCUUACCGGAAACUAGUAUUUUCUGCCCAGCUUGUGUGCAAUCAGUUUUCAUAAUUUCAAGCGUAUUGAGGUUAUACUCUCAUUUCCAAUGAUAUUUGAAUGGUUUUUCCUGCCUCCCACAGUGCCUGGGCAUUCCAUAUACUUAUAUUAGUUGUUGGUCAGGUCAGAAGGGAUAUUUAUAUAUAUCGAUUUGAUCGAUUACGAUGAUAUAACGUUGACAAGGUCAACUAUAACAGACUCACCGAUCACUUUGUGAUGAUUGCUGAAACUAUACUAUACUAUACUAUAUCCUUAUUGCAACCUUUGACCUAACCACUCCUAUGAAUCCGGUGUUCAUCUUGUUGUGCUAAUGAGGUAUGGCAACCUGGACCGAUGCACAUAUGUGCCUGGUCCUACGUUGUAGCUGACUGACUGACUGACUGAUUGCUGAAACAUACUAAUCAACCUGAAGGUCAUCUUCUCAGCCUGGUUGGAGCGUAUUGCGUUUUUAAUUUUUCACAUAGAAAAAUUUGGUCGCUAUUUGAAUAUGUUUGUUGUUCUUAACGAAUAAACUUUAUGAUUUACACGUAACUUUGUAUUUUAGCUGGAUUGUCUAUGUCGACACGGGAUUGCAUCAAUAGUUUUACAGUUUCCCCAUUAUGAAUCGUGAUACUGCAACAAAAGAUAGUGUUAUUGGAGGGUUUACAGUUAUAAAUGAGAAAACAAAAUCAAAAGUACAAAAUGUCCAAGAAGUUCUCCCCUUUUGGAUUACAAAGCCUGAACUUUUCUCAUCUGAUCUUAAACAAUCUCUUUCUGUCAAUGAAGUAGCUAAGCUUGGUCAGUUUUUACGGCUGCGACUAAGUGAAAUUGGUAUCACUCAUUUCUUUCCUGUUCAGUCUGCUGUAAUCCCUUACAUGUUAGAUUGUUAUGUGACAUCUAAACAUCGGCCAUUAUGUCGACCAAGAGACAUAUGUAUAUGCGCACCGACAGGAAGUGGGAAAACACUAGCCUAUGCUGUGCCAAUCAUCCAACUAUUUCUUAAUAGGGUUCAUAAAUUUAUUCGAGCUUUGGUCAUUGUUCCAGUCAGAGACUUAGCUGUUCAAGUGUACAAAACUUUCAGUCAGUUGGUUAAUGGAACAGAUAUUCAGGUUGGAGUUCUUGCUGGUAUCAAAAGUUUUAGUAAAGAACAAGAAGAUAUCAUAAACCUUACGGAUGAAAGUUACUCUGCCAAAGUUGAUAUUGUAAUAGCUACACCUGGACGUUUAGUAGACCAUUUGUACAAUACUCCUGGUUUCAGUAUGGAACGCUUGAGAAUCCUGGUAAUCGAUGAAGCCGAUCGAGUGAUAGUGGAAGAAAAACAAAACUGGUACCAUACUUUGGAGGAUGUAUUGUACUAUUACACAUCUUCAAUCAGUCAGAAUAGUUGGUCCAAUGUCUCUGUACGCAAACGUUCAAGACCUAUACCAACUGUUGGUUAUCAUUACGAUAGGAGUGUUGAUAUUACUUUGCAAAAGGUACUUGUUUCUGCCACACUGACUCAUGAUCCAGAACCAUUAAAACAGUUUAAUUUACACUUUCCUAUUUUAUUCACUUCAAAUCGAAUACACCACAACAAAAACACUCUUGAUACAGUUUUAAAUGAUCACGAGAACGCAGAAACUAAUUCGUCCGAAAUAAAAAAGCAAGUGAAAAAUGAUGAAAAUAGAGAAAUCUCUAAUGUUAUUUCACAGUUAAAAUCAAGUGAAAAUCAUACGACUACAGGUGUUGGUCAGUUUUUAAUCCCUGAAAGUUUAGAGGAAUUUCUUGUAACUGCAAAACCGGAUAUCCGUGUAUUGUUUCUUGUGUAUUUGGUGCGUCAAAAACACAAAAAACGUAUCUUAUGCUUUGCAAAUACAGUAGAUUGUGCUAAACGCUUAAAUAUGCUCUUGGCUGGCUUUCAAGGUAUAAAGAGUAAAUUCUUGUCAAGUCAUUUACAUCCGGAUAAACGUCAAAGAAUAUUAAAUCUAUUCAGUGUUGGAUUGUGUCAAAUUCUAGUUUGCACAGAUUCUAUGGCUCGCGGCAUAGAUAUUAAUGAUGUGGAAUGUGUCGUAUCUUAUGAUGUACCACCUAGUAUCAAAAUCUACAUUCAUCGAAUUGGGCGUACAGCUAGAGCUGGUAAGAAAGGAACUGCAUACAGUUUAUUGUCAACUAACCAGUUCUAUCACUUUAAGAAAGAUCUCAAGCGUGCGGGUAGAAAAAAAAUUAAACAAUUACAAUUUCAUCAAAGUAAGUGGUCACAUUUCAAUGCAGAGUAUCAGGUUGCAUUAAGGAACUAUGAAAUGAAAAUGAAGAUUUCAGAUAAAAAAUGCAUCAAUGAUCUUUCAAAACAAGUGAAUAAUAACAAAAUUGUUUCGGAAGAAUCAAUGCAAAACAUUAAGAAGCCGAAGAGUAAACGUAAAAAAAGUACAAAUGAAAUGCUGAGUUGA